AUGGUGGGCGCCCGAAGUGAUGCUCAGCCGGAUCCGUGCCUGAGCAACCAACUCCCCGCCCUCAUCGUCCCAUUGCGGUUCGGUGUCGUGGCUCACAGUUUUUCGAUUCCGGCGACCGACACCCCACAGAGCAAAGCCGGAGGAAGCAGCAGCAGCCGCAACGCUGCUGCACCUUCUCAACGACAGUCGGUCUAUCGUGGUGCACUCCCUCGACGGCGGAAUCUUCCUUUCCUCACCAGAUUACGGCCGAAAACGAUCCUGUCGCUCACGCCUAAGCCUUUGGACGCUCUCGAUCCCGAAAUGCGAGGAUGGGCCGAAAGCAAGGGCGUCAAGCUUGUACACAUUCGCUGUGACAAGCCCAAAGACGACGGAGGUGGGCUCAGUCGGGAAGGCGCUGCAAGAGCAUUGCUUGUUCUCCUCGACUCGCGUAAUAUGCCUCUCUACAUGCACUGCCUAGAUGGCCAAGCCGUUACGUCACUGCUCGUUGGACUGCUCCGCAAGGUGCAGGCAUGGUCUAUGCGAGCGAUCAUCGACGAGCUGGAAAGAGGCCUUAAUCGCGACGAGGAACUCAUCACCUUUCAAACCGGCUUCAUCGACAAAUUUGGAUCAUCUUCUGGGCCAGCGGGGACUGCCAACAACAGCGGCCACUCGAGACAGGCCAGCGGUGAUCGUCUGCAGCAAAUGUCAAAUCCGGCUUCUCCCUUGCUCGGCUACGGGAUCGGUUCUCUCCCUGUUCAACAUCCUACGAUGCGCCUUCGGUUCGAUGCCGAUCCAGAGCUGCCACCACCACCGCCCGUCUCGCUCCACUCAAGAGACAAUAGUCUGUUGUCCUUGUCUCACCACCACCACCCUCCGUCACCCAUGUCUUCGCGACCCUCGAGCCGAGCUGGCCUACCGCAGAACCAGGUUUUGCUCCAUGCCCACGGUCACACAUUCCACCACCCACACAGUCAUCCUGUUGAACGGUCGCCUUCACGACCAGGCUCGGCACCUGGGUCGCCCAGACGGAGGGUAUAUACCCUCGACCAUCUCAUGGAGCCAGGCUCGCGACGCGCCAUUGACGAUAAAACUCCCGACGAACUGCGACGUCCUGUCGAGUUCCCAGCGGCUCCGUCGGACUUGAGUUCGACGAGUCCUUCGACGAUGAGAGGCAAGCGUGUGCUUGACGAAAGCGAUUCGACGAUUCAACCUCACCAGAGCUCUACACCAAAAGCGCACGCGCAGACCGGCCGGGCAAAGGAUGAACAGAGGUCGAGAUUUCCAGCGCGACCUUCGUCGCCCACCCUUUCAGGCCGGCAUCAGCCGCCCUACUACCGCUUGUCGUCGCCCUUGCAGCAUGUCUCUACUGCAACAACGAACCCGGACCCGUUUGUCUCUGGCCAAUUCCAAUCGACAAGGGACUCCCACCCUUCUUAUGCGUCGUCUUCUUCCUCUUCGCGGCCCGCCUCGCCACUGCACUCCACCAAUGCGCUGCCUUCGCCCACGCAGUCGUAUGAGGACCACGAUUCUUCUUCGGGUGUUCCCGCGCCGCCAUCCACUUCGCUCUCGCACUGGAGGAGCCCCACUAUGACGGCUCGAUCGAGGCUGUCGGGCGUUUGGAGCGCAACGGAUGCCUCGACGACGGCGGACGCACCGAUCGACGCUGUUCCACCUACAGCAUCCGGUAGAGAAACGGACCUGGACCGAAACCGAGAUGCCGAGAGCGGAGGAGGGAGAAGUGCGACAGACGAGCAGGGCAGCUCACUGCCUGUGCCGAUGCAGACGCCACCUAAGAGAGUCGUGCUGGGGAGGAGCCAGUCGGAGCGGUACGUCGAGAGCGUACAUGGCAGGGUGCAACGAGGGGAAGACGGGGAGGCAGUGCCGGAAGAAGAGGAGGAGUACUACUCGGAGCCUGAUGAAGACGGGCAGAGGCGAAGGAGGCUGCUUGCCGAUGAAGCGGACGAUGACGAGGGUGAGGGAGACGAUCUGGACGGGAUGAACGGAAUGGAGAAGAAGGGCAGGGAUUCCAACGAGGCAGAAGAGGAGGAAGAAGAGGAAGAAGAAGAAGAAGAAGAGGAAGAAGAGGAGGAUGAAGAAGACGAAGGCGAAGAGGACCAUCUGGCGCUAGAAGCGCUCGACCUAGACGGGUACUGA